AUGUGGUUGAAGUCAUUGGUAUUAUGCCUGUGCUCGCUGGUGCUAUAUCAGACACAUGCUGCGCCUUCAUCGGGGAAGCAAGUAACCUCCAAAGAUGUAGAUUUGCAGAAGAUUUAUGAGCCCACCCCCCCCGUUACGCACCGAGGGACAAUCUCUAUCGAGUACCUCGAUCCAGUGUCAAACACACUCAAACAGGCGGACUUAACGCUGGAAUUGUACGGCACAGUGGUGCCUAAGACCGUGAACAACUUUGUUCUGCUGGGCCAUGGUGUAAAGGCCGUUGUUGAGGGACAGGACCCCAAAGACGUUAAAACUUAUUCGUACCGUAAGAGUAAAAUUUCCAAGGUUUUCCCCAACAGCUUCAUACAGGGCGGUGUGGUUGCCCCCGAUGUAGGACCCUUCACCAUUUAUGGCCCAAAGUUUGAAGAUGAAAAUUUCCUUUUGAAACAUGAUAGACCCGGUAGAUUGGCCAUGGCUUACUUCGGCCCUGAUUCUAACACUUCGGAAUUCAUCAUCACCACUAAAGUGGACGGCAAUGAGGAGCUGGACGGUAAAAGUGUUGUGUUCGGUCAAAUCCUCUCUGGCUUAGAUGAACUAAUGGACAUCGUCCAGUACACAGAAACGAACGAGUACGGGAAGCCGGCUGACGAAACGAAGUUUUUAUAUUUUGUAUUCGAAACAUUGAAGAUCGGGAAUAUCGAAGAGCUACACGAUACUUACAUUAAAAAUGUCGAGGCAUUUAGAAAGGGCGAUUCCUCUCUUGGCACCACUUUGAAGGAUAUCUUCAGAAAAGAAAAGGGCCGUGCCACCACUACCGCUAUUACCAGUAUGAACUACUAUAACCCAAAUCACCCAGUCGCCCAAAUAUCGCUGGGUUUAAUGGUUCUUGCCGGUUGUUUUGCUGCGUACAAGUGCAUGAACAAAAAGUCUCGCACUGUGUCAUUGAGACGCGAAUAA